AUGUUUGUACUACAUCUCUGUCACAUGAGUGUUCUUCUGGAAACAGUAACGGGAAUGCAUGCAGCAAAUGGCUUACUUUCGCAUGGCUUGUGUGAAUCAAACUCUGUCAUAAGUGAUCUGAAGGAGCAUAAUUGUAGAACAAGGGAAGAACUAGAAAUGUGCAGAACCUUGAAAGGGAAACUGCUUGCUGAUAUCCAGAGUGGUUUUGAUCGCAUCAGUAGGAAAGAAGUGGAAGCUGGAGAGAUCACCAUCAAGCUAAACACGUUUGCUAAAAAAUUAUCAGAUCUACAGCUUCAAGAGGAGAUGAUGCUGCAAAGGUCUAAUGAAAUUGGAUCCCAACUUGCUAUGUUAAUGAGGGAAUUGGAUCUGAGUAAUACCGAUCUUGUGGUUUCCCUUUUAGAUCAAUAG